CAGGAAUCUCAUUGACUAUGAAAAAUCCAAUUAGCAUCCUUGAAAUUCCAGGUACACUUGUUCAAAACAGUUCAAACACAGGUGAUUGACAGAAUGCUGAAUAAUUACCAAAAAACAAUUUGUCUACUAACAGCUUUGCACAUUGAGAGCACGUUAUGAUAAUCCUGGGUUCGUGUAAUUGCAGAUUGACCCUGCAAGGACUUUUAAAGUAUCUAACAAUGGCACAGCACAGAAUUAAUAACCCAGCCACUGUGGAGUUCUCCAUUAAAAACUUACAAGAACAAUCUGUUGAUUUGGCGAUAGCACUGAAUAAACAAAGGAAAUCAAACACUAAAUUAUGCGAUGUCCUUUUGCAAGUUGGAACUGAAACGAUUGCUGUCCAUAGUUGUGUCCUAGUUGCAAAAUGCCCAUACUUUGAGGCAAUGUUAACUGGUAAUUUUGCAGAGGCUAAUCCUGCCCAGGAUACAGUUGGAGCUAAGGUUUUGGAUAUGUCCCAAUCAGUGCAUGAGAUCAGUUCCCUGAGGGAGAUCGUUGAUUUCAUGUAUACUGGAAAGAUGAUCAUCAGUGCUGAUCAAGUUGAAGAUAUCAUAUCCUUGGCAUCCUUACUGUUGCUGUUUGAUGUUCAGAAGUUCUGUGCUCAAUAUCUGUUGUUGAAUUUGACCCUGCUUAACUGCCUCAACAUAUAUGCUCUAGCUGAACUCUAUGAUCUAAAGGAAUUGGAAUUCUUGGCUAAAACACUCAUAACAAGCAGAUUCCAUGAUAUCAUCAUAAAUGGAACUGAAAUCCUCGAUGUUCCUGUUGAAUUCCUCUCUAAGAUCAUCUCAGAUCAAUCCUUUGUUGAACACUGUACAACGUACCAGUUGAUAAACUUAGUAGUAAGAUGGGCAAAUAAGAGCAUAGAUGAAAGGAGAACUGAAGUCAACAGGCUGCUUAGUAUGUUUGAAUGGAGAUCUAUGACAAAAGAGCAAAGGGAUAUAAUUCUGGCUGAGAAAACUAUUGACCCAGAUAUUAUUAAUAACAAAAUGCCUGAGGAUAAUGUUGAAGUAGUUCAAAGAGAAGUACACGAAUGCUUCACAUUAGGGGUUGAAAGAUACCCAUUUUCUCAAACAAAGGUGCUGUAUGUUUAUGACAUGUGCUGCAACAGAUGGAUGAAGAAAGAGAUUCUAUUUUCACAAAAUGAAUAUCCAAAUAAACUAAGGACAUAUGACUGUAGCUUUAAUGUCAUUGGUAUUGUUGGUGAAAGACUGUUAUGUAGCCCAAAAUACAAUGAAUCGAGCAUUCCCUCAGCAACAAGAUUCAUGCCAAGACCUUCUGUUGAUUAUGAUUCAGACUUUAACAGUUUUCAUUCAGAUUCUGGCUGCAAGAUGUUUGUGUGUGGAGGUGUUUUGUUUCACUGCGAUGAACAGGAAACUGAACUCUACUCUUCAUAUGACUCAGAUGUGGAAAGUCAGUCAAGAGAUGAACAAUGGGGUAAAAAGUUUUACUUCAAAUUGUACAACCCAGAAAGCACAUCAUGGGAGGAACCCAUUCCUAUGGAUCCUUAUGACUCUGACACAUUUUAUAAGUAUGCUGUUAUUGACAGUCCUGGCAAUCCAACAAUUUUAAUUGUUAAAGGUACAUUUGAUAAGAAACAGAUUGAAUUAUUGGAUUCAUUGUUGAUCACCAGUUACAAUGUGACAACUCGUGUUGUUAGCUGUUUGACUCAAAUCAAGCGAACUGAAUCUUCAAGCACUGAAGAUAAGGAGAUUUUGAGGACAUUUGCAAGAGGAUCAGAGGAACUCAAACUUAAACACAAUAAUGGCUUCCUCCUACCACCUAAAAUAUUUGAAUUUGGUGCUCCCAAUCUCCAAAGUGGUUUUGCGUACCAUUAUAACAUUGCAGAAAAUAAAUGGGUGAAGCAUCAGAAAAUGUCUACAGGGUCUGUGUGUAAAAAACACAGCAAGGUUAGAGAUAGUCUCUCUUGGCUUCAACGGUCAGAUUGGAUGAGUGUCAAUGGGUGCACUGUGAAUAACAUCAGUGGAAGCACCAUAGGACUAACUCUAGGGUUCAAUUCUUUGAUAGGCAAUUUUUGCAAGUUUGACCCCACUGACUCUGAUCAUUGUUGCCAAAGCUUACCUUUACUUCCCCCAUGUAAACUGGGAAGGUCAGGAUUAGGAAACAUGACUGCCGUUGUUCCAAUGACGCAGCACAUCCUGGACACAUUUGAGAACUUUGCUGCCUCAAUAGAAGAUGAAGAAUGCGGUGCAAAUGUUUUUCUGGGGUGUACCUUGAGUGGGUUCAGUGAAAAGUAUGCCUUUAAAACCCCUGAGUAUGUGACACCAAUUGCUAGUUCGCCUACAAGCUACAACUUUCCACAUGUUGGACUCUACUCUGAUGUCUAACUCUGACUCAGAUAGGUGGGAUAAUGAGAGUAAUAACACUUAUGACAGUGCAGCUAGUGAUGAAAUCUUCUUGGACUUCUAGAUCUAGCUAGUAAUAGUCUCACAUAGGCUGUUACACCUAGCUUGUAAUAGUCUCACAUAGGCUGUGAGACCUACUGAUCAAAAUGAUAUUACAGACCAGUUGCAUAUAAUUUUCAUAUGGAAACAUCAGCUAGACUAUACCAAAAGCAGGCCUAAUCUUGUAUGGCCUUAUGAAUUGUGUACAAAUGUCUGAAAACUUGAAAAAUGGUGGAUUAUUUGUUCAUAUUUGGUAUGUGAAUACUAUAAGCAUGGCACACUGUCUAAUGACACUUUUGGUAGAAGGCGGCCACCAUUUUAAAGUAUUUUACUAUAACUCGAAAAGUAGUGGAGCUAUUUUGUUCAUAUUUGGUAUGUGAAUACUAUAAAAAAAGCAUAUUACUUCUUCUGAUGACAACUUGGCUAGUGAGCAACCAUUUUGAAAAUGGUGGCCUUUCUUAUAUUAUGUGUGUUAUUUUAUGAUAUUUGCUAUAUAUUUUGUUUGUAAAACUGCCAGCCAUUUCUGUUCGAUGGGAUUCGCUACGCUUUGGCGUUGCCGUUGUUCUUGUUUAACUUUAGUAGAUAGUAGAUAAGGCAUUAUUGAUAAAGUAAAACAUCGGAAAAUAUUAUAUUGCAGUGAUUUGCCCAGAAUUUAAGUCUUAGUGCUUAGUGGGUGAAAACCUGUUUAUAAACAAGUCUUAAAUGAAGUCUCUGGAUCCCCAUCUACUUCACCUAGACUGGAGUUGAGGUAUACAGAUAUAUAAGGGAAGGGAUGAGGUCACAAGGGCUCCAAGCAAGACUAUGUUUGUACAUAUUUUCAAUAUUUGAACAGUAUACAAAUAACAUUGGUUUAUCAUUGUAUAUAAUACUUUGGUAAUAGAUAUACACAACAGGUUUAAUUGCUUCAUUAUGGAGCAUUUUGACAAAAAACUUUAGAACAUUUUUUAGUUGCUACAAAGGCACAAAAUCCUUCAUUACCAAGGUUUUUGUUAAAUACCAAGGUUUUUGUUAAAAGGCUUCAUCUUAACCAAGCAAUUUAAACCUCCUGUAUACUAUAACAGGUGCCUUGUGCAGAGCUGUUACUUGUGAAAGGAUGGGUAUCGAUAUGAUACACAUGUUUCUCUUAAACCAGUCAUAAAAAAAUCUGAAAAUUUUACACAUCCACAAUUUAAUGGUCAUUUUUUGAAAGGUAACAAUAUAAUUUGAAAUAAAUAUAUAUACUUUUCUCUAUAUUGUUUUAGAAAACACAUCAGACACUUUUUUGUUCUUGGUAUCAUAUGUUCGGAAUGAAAUGAAACAUCUAUCCAAACCUCAUUGGAACAAAAUGACCUAAACACAACGUGUUUAGGUCUCUCAAUAUUGUAAUUGUACAGAGGAAAGUUUGGUUGAUUUAAAGUAUCUUGUUAUUGAAACAAAAGGUUUAUCUUGAUUUUUAUCUAUUUUGGGGGUUUUUGUUUAAAUUUUUUAAAUACUUUUUGUGAAAUCAACCAAACUUUCCUUUGUAUAACUAUAAUAUUGAGAGGUCUAAGAAAAUGUUGCAUAUGCUAUUUUGUUCCAUCAAGCUUCGGAGAGAUGUUUCAUUUCAUUCUCAAAAAUUGGUAAAAUGGGACAAAAAACAAUUGCACUAAAAAA